CGAGAGAGCCGAAGCCGCCUGCCCGCCCUCCGCCUGGGCAGCCGCGACGCCCAGCUCCAGGGUCGCCCGUCCCGUCCCGGCAGGCGCAGCCAGGACGCCCCUCGCCCGCUAGGCCGGCGGUGCCCGUGUCCUUCUGCCUGUCCAGCCGUCGCUCUGCCGCGGAGAUGGCGGAGUACCGCAGCCUGCUGGAGGGGCUGGCCGAGAACAUCACCAACGAAGACCUGGACCAGCUGAAGUCGGCCUGCAAGGAGGACAUCCCCAGCGAGCGGCACGAAGAAAUCGCCACCGGCAAGGACUGGUUCGCCUUUCUGGAGAAGCACAAGAAACUGGACAAAGACAACCUCUCCUACAUCGAGCACAUCUUUGAGAUCUCCCGCCGGCCGGACCUGCUGACCAGGGUGGUGGAGUACCGCACACAAGUGCUGAAGAUCUCGGAGGAGGACGAGGUGGACACCAAACUGACCCGCAUCCCCAGCGCCAAAAAGUACAAAGACAUCAUUCGGCAGCCCUCCGAGGAGGAGAUCAUCAAACUGGCCCCCCCACCCAAAAAGGCCUGAACCCAGCGUGUGCGUGAGAGUGUGUGCGUGGGAGUGUGUGUGUGUGCGUGCGUGUGUAGAGGGGCCCAGCUCCAAGGAUCACUGCCACCGUCCCCUCCACUGCUCCGGCUCAGGCACUUUGCGGCUCCCCCUUCGCUCCCCUCUGCUUACGCCCUUCUCCGCCUUGUCCCAGCCGGGUGGAGAAAGGGGGAGCAUGGAGAAAGGGAGAUGGGGGGUCCAUGCCUCCCCCUCCCCAUCUUUCUCACCUUGGUUGCUGGCUGAUACAUGUUUUCAGAGGCUGCUGAGGCCUGUUUGAGGGGGAGGGGUUGGAAGCUCCCCCCCCCCCACUGCUACUGCUGCUCCCCCAUCCCAUCCCGCCGGGCAAGAGACGACCCACAGGUGGAUCAGGGGCCAAUUCUGCAAGGAAUGAGGAAGUGGGGGAGAGAGAGAGAGAGAAGGAGGGAGGGAGGGAAGGAAGAAGGGAGGGGAGAGUAGGUAGCCUUGGGACCCUGCCAGAGGAAUGCCCCACAAUUUGCCACCCUCCCUGGGCAAGCUUCCCCCACAGGGGUCAGGAGAUGGAGCAGGAAGAGAAGCUCCUUCCCAGCCGGACCAGAGCUCCUCCCCCCCCCCCCCGAGCACAGGGGGACCAGAGCACCCACCACCACCAACCCCUGCCCUCCCCCUGCCUGUCCACAAGGUGCCUUCCCUGGGCUUCCCACCCCGGUGGCCUCUCCAGGCAUUUCCACGGGUGCCUCCUUUUCUACCCCCUUCCUGUGCCUCGGGGGGGGGGGCAGCGGGUGAGGGUCAGUUGCCCAUUUGGCCACUCUUGCACCCAAGGCCCAGCCCCCACCCCCCAUAAAACCAGCCCUCUCCCAGUGGGUGGUGGAGCCACCAAUCGCACUCCCCACAGGGGUGGAGAAGGGAGCCUGGCAGACUUCCUUCCUUCCUGCCUACCUGUCACUACCCCAGACUGACCUCCAGCAGCUGGGUGGGGUUGGGGGCCAAGAGCACAGGGUCCCUCUGCCCCCCCCUCAGCCCCCCGCGUGGGGCCAGUAAAGGUGGCUUUUGCAGCGGCCUCUGCUCAGGAGACCAAGAAACUCAGCCUCACCGGGCACCUUCCCCGCCUGGCCUCCUGGCACACAAGCAGGGGCACGAGAGUGCCAACACAGGACGGAGGCCUUGGGGUGCCAGAGGAGGGCUGGGGCUUCUGGUUCGUCCGGCGCCUGUCCUGUCCUGCGGAGAACGCCGGGGGUCUUGGGGAAAGUCACUUCUCUGGCGGCUGGAAUGCGAAGUGUUUCUGUUGAAUGGACGUCGUUUAGCCCUGCCAUCCUGCGCUCCUCCAGCCCCUUCCAGUGGCGUAACCCCUCCUGACACGCGUCUUGUGCUCGUUGUGUGCAUAGAAACAGCUGGGCUAGAACUGUGUUUUUAACAUGGUGUCCGCUGAAGCCCCCCACCCACCCCCCGUGUCUCCUGCUGGCCCUCCCCCCUUCUGUCCGUCACGUGCAGCCCAGGUGCUGGCCUUAUGGGGAGCCUGGCCGCAGGGCUGGGAGUCCUGGCUCCGUGGGGUGCCAGGCGCAGCCCCACAACUCUUGGGAAGAGCUGGCAGAAAGGACGGGGGCCCCUCCAAGAUGGGGGAAGAGGACUGAAUUCUCGGGCUCCCCACGGUCUGCAUUCCACGCAUUUGGGGUCUGCAAGAGGAGAUGCAGGAAGCCAGCAGAUGCUCUGGCACAGCACACCCCCCCCCAAGGCCCCCCAUGGCUCCAGGGCAAGCCUCCCCCUCCCCCCCCUAAGGCUUCUGCCUCUGCCCCACCUGAGGGGCAGCCCUGGUGCCCAGGAUAACGGCUCUGCCCGCCAGGUCAGAGCAGCUCCUGGAGGACCAACCUGGAGGACCAACCUCGUUGCCUGGACUGGCCUUAAAUUAGUACGUUUCUCUCCCGGUGUUUACAGCUGAACAGUUGGUGCUGAUCUCACUGCAAAUUAGCACCAAGUAAAAAUAGUGUGGGGAGGGGCGGGGGGGGGCGGGUGUGAGGGGAGGUGCAGAAUUCAGGGCGAGCGAAACGAGGCAAAGCAGCUUAAAACCAGCUUCCUCUUCUGACUUCCCUUGUCCUGGCAGGGGGCUCCCGGGGGGGGGGGGGAGCGGAAGGGCCCUCCUCUGGUGCCACAGGGUAGGUUCAUGAUGACCCCCCCCCCCCCCGGCAGGGGAGAGGGGGGUCUCCCAGGACCCCGCAGCUCCAAGGAGCGACAGAAGGCACAAACCCCGUCCUUUGCGGCCAGCGCUCCCCCCCCCCGUUCCCUCCCCAACGCCCCUGACUCCGAUGCUCAGACCGUGCUAACUGUGUGUGUACAUAUAUAUUAUAAAUAUAUGUAUAUUAAAUAUAAUAUGGAGUGCUGCUCAGUGUUAACUUAUUU